GCCAGGGCCGCCGCCGCCGCCGCUGCCGCUGCGCCCGGGGGCCCCUGGCGCGCGCCUCUCAUCCCCUGGCUUGGCAGCGGCGGCGGCGGCGGCGGCGCCACGGACACGGCGCGGGCGCAAGGCCCGCCGCCGUGCCUCGUGCACAUCAUUGAGCGCAGCUCUCCCUUCAGCGGCGCGGACGACCCCGCCGCCACGGGCGAGAGGAACGUGCACGUGGUCAAGUCCCCCAAGUCGGGGGUCAACUUUUUCGAUCUGGGAGACUUUGACCAGCAGUUUGACGCCGCACGGAGGCGCGCGCGGCCGGCGCUGGAGCAGCUGCUCGCCACUGGGGCUGUGCCAAGCGGUGCCGGCGGCGGCGGCGGCGGCCGCGUCAGGUCGGCGCGCGGCAGUGGCAGCGGGCGCCGGAGCUUGGCUCAGAGAAGUAAAGCUCAGUAA